AUGCGCGUCCACAGCCUGAUCCCGCUAGUGCUGCCUCUUGCAGCAGCGGCGUCGAUCCCUCUCGGUACUGAGUUCGCUCGUCGCCAGCUUCCCAACGAGCCCAAGGGUGUCAAGACGAUUAAGACGGCGAACAAUGUCACUAUCCGGUACAAGGAGCCUGGCAAAGAGGGUGUCUGCGAAACGACUCCCGGUGUCAAUUCAUAUGCUGGCUAUGUGGACCUGGCUCCGGACGCGCAUACUUUCUUCUGGUUCUUCGAGGCACGCCACGAUCCGGAGAAUGCGCCAAUUACCCUGUGGUUGAACGGUGGCCCUGGUAGCGAUUCAUUGAUCGGGUUGUUCGAAGAACUGGGGCCCUGCAGUGUUAACGAGAAGAACGAGACCGAAAUCAAUCCUCACUCAUGGAACGAGGUUUCGAAUAUGCUCUUCAUCUCCCAACCCCUUGGCACCGGCUUCUCAUAUGCGGAGAAAGAAGCUGGCUCCCUCAACCCCUUUACAGGCUCGUUUGAGGAUGCGUCUUUUGCGGGUGUUCAGGGCCGCUACCCGGUCAUCAAUGCCACUCUGAUUGACACCACCAAUCUCGCUGCCGAAGCUACCUGGGAAGUCCUACAGGGAUUCCUUGGUGGUCUGUCCAAGCUGGACUCGAAGAUCAAAUCCAAGAGCUUCAAUCUAUGGACCGAGAGUUACGGAGGACACUAUGGCCCAGCUUUCUUCGACCAUUUCUACGAGGAAAACGAGAAGAUUGCCAACGGUACCACCGAGGGCAUCCAGCUUGAUUUCAACACUCUGGGCAUUAUCAAUGGAAUCAUCGACGAGUCCAUCCAGGCUCCUCACUACCCCGAGUUUGCCCGCCACAACACAUACGGCAUCAAGGCGGUGAAUGAGACUGUCUAUAACUACAUGAAGUUUGCCAACUCCAUGCCCAAUGGCUGCCAGGACAUGAUCGCCAACUGCAAAGCCACCAACCGCACCUCGCUCUCCGACCUUGCAAUCUGUACCGAAGCCGGCAACAUGUGCCGUGACAAUGACUCAACCCCCAUUGGCAAACCGGCACCGACUUACACUACUCCCACAGAGAGCCCAUACUACGUCUUUAGUGGCCGCGGCACCUACGACAUUCGUCACCCUUCCCAGGAUCCCACCCCUCCCAGCUAUUACCUCAACUACCUAGCCAAAGACGAAGUCAUGAACGCCCUCGGCGUCGACCUCAAUUACACGCAGUCCAACAGUGAAGUCUACUUCGCCUUCCAGCAGACCGGCGACUUCGUCUGGCCCAAUUUCAUCGAGGACCUGGAAGAUAUCCUCACCCGCCCCGUCCGCGUCGCUCUCAUCUACGGCGACGCAGACUACAUCUGCAACUGGUUCGGUGGCCAGGCCGUCUCCCUCGCCACCAAGUACAAGCACAGCAAGGAGUUCCGCGCCGCGGGCUACGCUCCCUUCACUGUCGACGGCGUCGAAUAUGGCGAGACUCGCGAGUAUGGCAACUUCUCGUUCACCCGUGUUUAUGAAGCUGGCCACGAGGUCCCAUACUAUCAGCCCAUUGCCUCAUUGCAGUUAUUCAACCGCACGCUGAAUGGCUGGGAGCUGCCCACUGGCGAGAAAAGGUUGACGUCGGACUUUGGGUCGCAUGGCCCGGCUACGGCAACGCAUACUGAGUCGUCGGUGGCUUUGCCGACUUCGUCUGCUACUGCAGGCGUUUCUGUUGGAAGGAUGGCUUGGUAG